ACUUCCGGCCCCCCAGCCAUCCAAUAGCAUAGUGAGUGGAGCAGCCCCGGAAGUGACGCGUAGCAGAGAGGCGGUCUCUUUCCGCUUCCGGCCUGGCGGAAGCGCGUUUGGCGACAUGAAGCUGCUCACUCACAAUCUGCUGAGCUCGCAUGUGCGGGGGGUGGGGCCCCGUGGCUUCCCCCUGCGCCUCCAGGCCACCGAGGUCCGCAUCAACCCCGUGGAGUUCAACCCCGAGUUCGUGGCGCGUAUGAUACCCAAGGUGGAGUGGGCGGCGCUCCUGGAGGCGGCAGAUACCUUGCACCUGGUCGAGGUGCCCAAAGAGCCGAUUCAGGGAUAUGAGCAUGAUGAGAACUUUCUGAGGAAGAUGCACCACGUCCUGCUGGAGGUGGAUGUGCUGGAGGGCACCCUGCAGUGCCCGGAGUCUGGACGUCUGUUUCCCAUCAGCCGUGGGAUCCCCAACAUGCUGUUGAGUGAUGAGGAAACGGAGAGUUAGUUGAUCAUGCCAGGCACCAGUUUUCCAUUUCGUGACUGUGUGUAUCUUUGUUGAUGUAUGUCUUGUUAAUACUUCUUCCAUGUAUAUCACCAGCCCUUGUCCCCAUGACAAACUGAACACACAGUGUUCUUGAGCUUGAUAGUAUAUAUUUUUUUCUCAUUAAAGGUUCAAAACCAAAA